CACUGAUGUUUUUUUGCUAUAAUUAUCGCAUAAACAGACUUAGUUUUCUCCCAGGAGAUUUAUUAUAUACACAAACUGUUACCACAUGUAGAAGCUGCUCCAUGUUUAACUGAGUCCUUAAAUUAUGAUGAUACACUCUUAUUUCAGUUGCUUGGAUUAAAUUAUAUGUUUAUAGUGUAUAAUAUAUAUAGAAAAUAAUUCAUUGGAUAAUAAAGGAAUGUUGAUCCAUCAUCUAUAGAUGUGAUAAGUCAAUUUGCUUCAUGUGAAGCCUGACAAUCAGAAGGGAAAAUUUGCCAGUAACCUCAAUCAAGUACAAUCAUGCAUCCUGCUAUACCUAUAUCAAUGGUGUUCCUGGGCUGUUGCUCCAAUGUUGUCUUCCUGGAGCUUAUAGUCUCAGAGCACCCAGGUGCAGGCAACAUCAUUACAUUUAUGCAGUUUCUGUUUGUGGCUGUAGAAGGAUUCAUCUUUACUGUAAAAUUUGGCACCAAAAAGAGUGCUAUACCUUUAAAAGUUUAUGGGUUUAUGGUGAUGUUCUUUUUUGUGGUUCAAGUCAUCAACAACUAUGCUUUCAUUUUCAAGAUUCCUAUGACACUUCAUAUAAUAUUUAGAGCUGGAUCUCUUAUUGCAAGUCUUGUAUUAGGUGUUUUCAUCCUCAAAAGAAAGUAUCCAUUGAGUAAAUAUCUAUCAGUGAUUUUAAUAACAAUAGGUAUUUGUGCUUGUACCUGGGCGUCUGCUGACAGUCAUGUUAUAGAUGAGAAGGAUGAAGACAAUUUUGUAUUUAAUUAUAUACUAGGUGUUGGUGUUCUUGUUCUGUCCUUGUUUCUCACAGCCAGGAUGGGAAUAUACCAGGAAACUAUCUACAGAGAAUAUGGCAAACAUCCAAAAGAAUCUCUAUUCUUCAAUCAUGCUCUACCAUUGCCAGGCUUCUUGCUGGUAGCAUCAGAUAUAUAUAGUCAUAUAAGUAUCUUCAAUCAGUCAGAUCCAGUAGGGUUGAUAUCCCUGGGAUUGUCUGUACCAAAGAUGUGGUUAUUUCUAGCAGGAAAUGUUAUAACACAAUAUAUAUGCAUUCGCUCAGUGUUUAUUUUGACAACAGAAUGCAGUGCCCUAACUGUCACACUUGUUGUCACGUUGAGAAAGUUUGCUAGUCUUAUACUAUCAAUAGUAUAUUUCAAAAAUCCAUUCACCCUACUACACUGGUUUGGGGCAGCAUGUGUGUUUAUAGGAACGUUCAUAUUUACAGAAGUUUUACCACUGAAGACCAAGGCAGUGGAGAAGAAAAAGCAGUAGAAGAAAUCCAAUUUUAUUUUUCAUAUUGUAGAUCUAUUUUUCUGUCAUAUUAGAUGUAUAGAUAGCCUACUUUUACCACUAUUAUUGACACUUAACUCUAUUUGAGUGUAGAGAAUCAUUGUUUCCCAGUGUAUGUUAUAUGUGUCAAUAAUUGAUAGAAAAGGUUGCCAUAUCGAGGAAAUCCUAUCGUUUUCUUAUUUAAAUAUUAACCUACUGAAAUAGUAAAGGACUUAUCAAGCAGAAUCUGGAACAGUCCAUUUACAGUUUAAGGGAUUUCAAUAUUAAAAUACAAGAAUCGAGCUACCAACAGUAUAGAGUCUGGUCAGAAUGUAUACUAGUGCAUUCCGGUCUGGCUGUAGACUGGUGGCAAAAGCCAAUUUUUCAGUUUUAGUUAAGAUUGUUAAGAAGAUAAUUAGCAUGAUGAUGACAAACAUAUUCUCAUUAUGAAUGUGAUAAAAAAUAACAUGAUUUUAUAAACUAUAUUUAUGUUAUUGAUUUAGACAAAAUAUGAUAAGAAGCUAGCAAAAUGUUUAUAAGACUUACAUUGGUGCUAUCACAAAACUGAACAGCGAUAUUUUUUCAAAUCCUAACUUAAAAAAUUAUUUAUGUCAAAAGUAACCUAGAAAGACAAGUUUACACUUAUUGCAUAAUAAUUAUUUGCAUACACUUUAACAACUCGUAGUAUUUUAAUCUUUUAAACCACUUAGUGAAAAAACAGAUUUAGUUUGUGUUGGUAAUAAGAGAUUAAUACACAGCAGAGUAGGGCAGGAAAGUAAUAAUCGACCCACAAAAUGAAUAAUGGCCCUGAGGGCAUUUCAUGGCCGAUUAACACUUUCAGGUCCAUCUAUGACUACAUUUAGUUUGUUACCGUAUUUUUGUGCAAUCAUUUAUUUUUAGGACAAUUGAACACACACAAAAUGUGUCUGCAGACACAUGUAUAAAUCUGGAGAGUAACAAAGAUGGUUUACCUAUUGUUCACAUUCUCUUUUGGUUAAGUUUUUUGCAUGCAAGGUGGUAUCAGAAAAAACUACUGAAGGAAAUUUGGUUAAAACUGAGAGCACAAUAGGUCACUGUCCAAGGCCCAUAACAUCAUGCAUUUUGACAGAAUUAUGGCUCUUUUUGGAGUAUCUUAGAAAUUUCCAUGCAUUGUUUUUUACUAUCAAGCACUGAGAAUAAUUAUGCACGCUGUCCUACCAACAGCUUUUGUUAUAUUGUAGCAUCUUUACUUUAUUUUGAUAUCGUGUGGUAUGGCAUAACAAUCACUUCUUACAUUUUAUUGUUUGCUUAAUUUAAUGAAUGAGAAUAGCUGAUAUAAACUUGCUAUUUUGAUGAAUGUUUAUCUUAUGUUUAUGUUAACUCAUAUUGUCUUUAUUUCCUUACACAACAAUAGUAUUAUAGACUUAUUACUGAUGUAUUCUUAACUUGCAUAUCAAUUUAUUGUUCUAGUUUCACUAAAUUUUCCCUGUUUUUUAAUGUUAUGAUUUUUUUACAUACAUUUAUAUAAUUUUUAUGGAUUUUCAAUGUAUAAUAUUAUAGGUACCAAUAGGUCAGUGUUAAAUUGGUUCAUUUGUUGGAAUUCACAUGCCAGAAAUUUACCUUCAAUUAGGUGUCAAGAAAAUAAGAAACAAAUUUUUGGAUGAUUUUUGUAGGUGAUCCAACGUAACUUAUUUCAUGAAUUACAAGACGCAAUUGUUCAAUUUGAAUUUUUUGCUUGAAAUUUAGUAGGUCACUUUAACCUGACAUGAAAUAAGUCACUUGAACCUGACACGAAGUAAGUCAUUUGAACCUGACAUGAAAUAAGUCACUUGAACCUGACAUGAAAUAAGUCACUUGAACCUGACAUGAAAUAAGUCCCUUUAACCUGACAUGAAAUAAGUCACUUGAACCUGACAUGAAAUAAGUCUCUUUAACCUGACAUGAAAUAAGUCACUCACAUGACAUGAAAUAAGUCACUUUAACCUGACAUGAAAUCAGUCACUUCACCUGACACGAAGUAAGUCAAUUGAACCUGACAUGAAAUAAGUAAUUUGAACCUGACAUGAAAUAAGUAAUUUGGACCUGACAUGAAAUAAGUCACUCGAACCUGACAUGAAUUAAGUCAUUUGAACCUGACAUGAAAUAAGUCACUUUAACCUGACACAAAGUAAGUCAAUUGAACAUGACAUGAAAUAAGAAAAAUGAACCUUACAUGAAAUAAGUUAUUUGAACCUGACAUGAUAUAAGUCAUUUGAACCUGACUUGAAAUAAGUCACUUGAACCUGACACAAAGUAAGUUACUUUCACCUGACAUGAAAUCAGUCAUUUGAACCUGACAUGAAAUAAGUCAUUUAAACCUGUCAUGAAAUAAGUCAUUUAAACCUGACAUGAAAUAAGUCAUUUGAACAUGACAUGUAAUAAGUCACUUUAACCUGACACGAAUUUAGUCAUUUAACCUGGCAUUAAAUAAGUCAUUUGAACCUGACAUGAAAUAAGUCAUUUGAACCUGACAUGAAAUAAAUCAUUUGAACCUGACACGAAGUAAGUCACUUUAACCUGACAUGAAAUAAGUCAUUUGAACCUGACAUGAAAUAAAUAUGAAAUAAGUCAUGUAAACCUGGCAUGAAAAAUGAGUCUGACAUUAUGUAGGUCAUUUAAUCAAUUGAACAUGACAGGUUGCUUUAUAUGACAUUAUAUGUGUUUAUCCAUAUACAGUAGAAUAAAUAUGUUCAGUUAUAAAAUCGGUGUUAAAACCUUUUAGCAGCAUGUGUUAUUUCAGUUGUUAAUUUAACUCUUUGUUCUGUUCUUUUAUUAAGUGUUAAUAUGUUGUAUGUUUGUGUGAUAUGAUUUAAUGUCAAGAUUGCAUAUAAUAGUUAAUAUUGUUGAAAAUGAUACAUGUAUUGUAAAUAAAGUAAACAAAAUGUGUU